AUGCUGAUUUUUUUGCACUGGGUGACACCUGUUCUGGCGUGCUUAGCAGAAGGGCCAUGCGCAAUCUUUCGCGGCGCGCUUGUGCUGCUAGACGUUGCAUGAUGUGUGUGCUGUUGAUGUGCAUUUUGUGUCCUCAGCAACAUCAUGCGUUCAGCCGCGUUUGUCGGAUCGCAUCCGAUCCUGCGUGUUUCUAAUGUUGUUGUGUUGCCUACUGAAAGGCAACGGAAGGGCACUGAUCAAACGGGUAGAACACUGUUAGAUUGCCCAUCGCUCGGGGUGAGGCAUUCGUGGUACCCGAGAGAGAGA